UACAGUUACCUCUAGGACUGCAUUGCUCCGCACACGACUCAGUCAUUGAACAACAUAAGCAACGACGACAAUACAUAUUGCGCUAACCAAAACAGCAGUGCCUGACGGGCGACCUGCAACAGCCUACUUUGACUGUAGCAUAAUCAGAGUUUAGCCAAAAUUUAGCGAUAUGGUUGUCAGAGGAUGGAAGCACCAGACGAAGUGUCCGUUCGGGAACAGAUUUUCCACGACCGAGUCAGAGAGACCAUAAUAUGUGUCCUGUUUUUCGUUUGUCUUUAUUUUGUGUCCUACCUGGUCAUCACUUACUACAAGAAAAAUUCAGAGUUUCCGAUUGAUGACAGUGAAGAUGCCACAGUCAACAGAAUUGCUUUGUGGCUCUGUACUUUCUCUCUAUCUGUUUCGAUGUGUGCUGUCCUCUUGCUGCCUCUCUCUAUUUUGUCCAACGAGGUCCUUCUCUCCUUUCCACAAAGCUACUACAUGCAGUGGCUCAACGGAUCCCUUAUACACGGACUGUGGAACGUAGUGUUCCUCUUUUUCAACCUCUCUCUAGUCAUCCUCCUGCCCUUUACAUACUUUUUCACAGAAUCUGAGGGCUUUGCAGGCUCAAAGAAGGGUGUGAUGGCUCGUGUUUAUGAGACUGCAGUCGUCCUCCUGCUCCUCACCCUGCUGGUUCUAGGUAUGGUGUGGGUGGCAUCUGCCCUUCUGCAAGACAACAACAUGGCCAGAAAAGGUCUCUAUGAUCUGUGGGAGUACUACCUUCCCUACCUCUACUCCUGUAUUUCUCUGUUUGGGGUCCUGCUUCUCCUGCUAUGUACACCUCUAGGACUUUCUCGUAUGUUCAGUAUCACAGGGAGCCUACUCGUCAAACCACGGCUGUUGGAGGAUGUGGACGAGACCAUGAGCUGUGCUGUGUUCGAAGAGGCCUCCCUCUCUAAAAAACUUAGAAAUGGGACUUCCUGUUGGAUGAAUGUGAACAUGGAGGCCCUGAGGAACCAAUAUCUCUCCACUCAGGCCAACCGAAUAGCUUUGGAAAUGCGAAGGAGAGCUUCACCAUGGCAGCGUAACCUUGGAUAUCCAUUAGCCAUGCUGCUGCUGGUGGCUCUAACAGUGGUGUCCGUUCUCAUUGUGUGUUUCCAUGUUGUUGAGCUGAUGUUUGAUGAGACAGCUGUGCCUCGUGGGAUGAAGAGCCCUCUUCUAGGUGCUGCCUCAUUCUCUAUAUUUGGUUCAUUGGGGGCAGCUAUGCAAGUCAUACUUAUCCUGUACCUGAUGAUCUCCUCUGUGCUCGGAUUCUACAGCUUACCUCUUUUUGCCAAAUUGCGUCCUCAUAAACAGGAUACCUCUCUGACACAGGUCAUUGGGAACUGUGUGUCUCUGCUAGUGCUCAGCUCAGCUCUGCCUGUAUUCUCCAGGACUCUGGGGAUCACCCGAUUUGAUCUGCUGGGUGAUUUUGGACGGUACAACUGGCUUGGGAAUUUCCACAUUGUGUUCCUGUACAACAUUCUGUUUGCUGGGCUGACCUCUGCCUGUCUCAUCAACACACUGACUUGGACUGUGCAGAGAGAACUGAUACGAGCGUUUGGUCUACAUAAACUGCCAAAGACUGUGUCCCGUUCAACUGUCCCACUCAGGCUCCUAUUAGCAAAUGGACUCUCAAAGAUUCAUUGACUUUUUAAUUAGACAAUAUGUGUGCUACUGCUUACUAAAGCAUGUCCUAAAAACAGGACACUAGUGUAUUGGAGGAUGAGUGGUCAGAGCUGAAAUGAAAAAUGUUCAAUAAUUUCACUCUUCUAUUUCCCUUGUCAUGAGGUUCACCUAUAUAAGUAGCCAUAUAUUGUACUUAAUUCUGUCAUCAGUUCAUUCAAUAAUUAUUCUUUUUUUUCUUUUGCUAACUUUUAGCACUACAAAAUCGUACCUACCUAAUUUUACUGUAAACAAGGUGGACAUAAAUAAAUGCCUUGGAUUUAUGACCAAGUGAAACUGUGAUUAGUUUACAAUAUGUACUAUGUUCCUAUCUGUGUAUGUGUGUACAAUAUGUAUAUGUGUUUAUGUGCCUAUGUAUUUUAAUUUUAUAUACAGUAUAUAUUUUUUCACAUACAGGUAGCUAAAUGAUUCACUUAAUUGGAAGACAUGUUUUUUUUACAAGCACAUUCUUCUUAAUUUAGUCUGUUCAUAUAUCUUGACUUCCAGAGAAUGUUCUAAUUAACUGAAACUCCUCACAUACCAAUGUCGAAUGUGUUGUCAUUUUAAAACUGUACAUGCCUAAGCUGUAAACAAUUGUACUUGCUCUGUAGCCUAGCUGAUUUAAAAAAAAAAAUGUAUUACACAAUAAGUACAUGUUAAUGUACUCAGUUUAAACAAUGAAUAAAGGGUGUCAAGGCUA